ACUACCAUCUAUGAGCAGCUGGAGAGAACACGACGCCUACCCUUACUCACCUUUUUAAGGAACACUAUAAAUAAUAAUAAUAAUAAUAAUAAUAAUAAUAAAUUAUGACUGUACACGGCAAAAACGAUAAAUGUAAUUGAUACAAUGUUUCACAGCACUGCAGGGGGUUUUAUAAUGUUCAUUGGACCAUAAUAUGUGAAAUGUGUAGAAAGAUCCGUGUCUCUUCUCCGGAGCCUGGUCACAUGCGCGCUCGGGAAUAAUGGCUGCACAGAAACCCUCACCACCAUCUUCAUUAGAAGGCAACAAACCUGGCUUCCCCAAGAAAAUACUCGCCAACAAGCUGGAGGAUAAGCAUCUGUGCAAUAUCUGUCUGAAAAUCCUUAGGAGACCGUUUCAGGCGCAGUGCGGACAUCGUUUCUGUUCUUAUUGUUUUAAUAAAGCAGUGAGCUCUGGACCACAGAAAUGCAGUGCCUGUAUAAAGGAGGACAUAUUUGAAGAACCAACAUCAAUUUUGAAACUGGGCUGUGCUUUUCCCGAUAAUGCUGCAAAAAGAGAAGUUGAAGCUCUUGAAGCUGUUUGCAUCAAUGAGGAAUGCAGCUGGACAGGCACCAUCAAAGAAUAUGAGGCAAACCAUGAGGGAAAGUGUGACUUCAGGAUCCUUCCCUGCCCAUCAUGCAAAGAGCUCCUGAGAGCCAACGAACUGGAACGUCACAAUGAGAGAGAGUGCCCAGAAAGGACUCUUAAUUGUAAAUACUGCAAGGAGCCAUUUCAUUUUAAAAACAUUAAGGCCCAUGAUGAGAUAUGUCCGAAAUACCCAAUGAUUUGUGAAGGUUGUGCCAAGAAAAAAAUUCCCAGAGAGAAAUACAUGGACCACAUUAAACUGUGCACCAAAUUCAGAACACCUUGCAGAUUUCACGUUGUAGGCUGUGAUAUGAUGGUGGAAAAGGAGAAGAUCAGUGAACAUGAGCAAGCCUGUUCCUACGAGCACUUAAACCUCCUAUUGCACUUCAUCAUGGGCAUCAAGGUGAACUUGGAGUGUCUGCAGCCUCAGAGUCUGGAACUGGCCAGCCAUAAGAUCCACGAGCUGCACCAGUCUCUGCGGGAGCUGGAGCUGAAGAUGGGCCAGCUGAGUGGAGCUGGGGCUCCCGUGCAGGGGGCUUUUGCGCUGCUGCCGCCACCACCAGCUCCGACGCUAGGUACGUCUUUCACCCCACUCCCUACAGCCGUCGGGGCAGCCUUGGAGCUGCAGCUACAUAGUGAGAAAACCAAAGUGGCGGAGCUCAGCCGUCGCUGUCAGGAGCUGGAGCUGAAGGUAAGCACCUUUGAGAACAUCGUCUGCGUGCUCAACCGUGAGAUGGAGCGCUCCGCCACCACCAUGGAGGCCUAUAACCGCCAGCACCGGCUUGACCAGGACAAGAUUGAGAUACUCAACAACAAGGUACGGCAGUUGGAGAGGACAGUAGGCCUUAGGGAUCUCUCCAUCGUGGAGAUGGAGGCAAAGAUGAGGGAGAUGUCCGCUGCCACUUAUGAUGGUGUAUUUGUGUGGAAGAUCUCUGACUUCUCGAAGAAGAGACAAGAUGCUGUAGCCGGACGGGCACCUGCAAUGUUCUCGCCUGCAUUUUACACAAGCAAAUAUGGCUAUAAGAUGUGUUUGCGCAUCUAUCUGAAUGGAGAUGGGACAGGACGUGGUACUCACUUGUCUCUAUUCUUCGUGGUGAUGAGGGGACACAGUGAUGCCUUGCUUAAGUGGCCUUUCAAUCAGAAGGUCACCCUCAUGUUGCUGGAUCAGAACAACAGGGAGCACAUCAUCGAUGCCUUCCGGCCAGACAUUUCCUCUUCCUCCUUCCAGAGGCCUGUGAGUGACAUGAACAUUGCCAGCGGCUGCCCUCUCUUCUGCCCUCUCUCCAAACUAGACUCCAAGAACUCCUACAUCCGAGAUGACACAAUCUUCAUCAAGGCCAUUGUUGACCUCACAGGCCUUUAAGGUGUCAGAUGCCACUGCUCCGUCAUGCUCCUCUCUCCAGCCUGUAGUGGUUCCUGUGCAGUACUUGUUUUCCUGAGGCCUGUUCCCUCGGUCCGAGCUCUUUGCCGUGCUCUCGUGAGCCCAAAGGGACUACGACACCACUC